AGGACUCAAGUCACUCAAGGUCUGUAUCAAACAACAGAAGCUUGUAAAGCUUGUAGCCUCUCAACUAAGAUUUUGCCAUUGUCUUCUCUUAUUGUGAGCCAUAAGGGGCAGGGUUCCCAAUGCAGGUUCUUCCCAUAUUUCAAUGGGCAGGUCUAGGCUUCUUUAUAUCCCUGCUGUUUGCUGUGAGCUUCUGCCAUGGCAACAACCAGGAAGUCAUGGUCGUUGGGACAGGAGAAUGUGCAGACUGUGAUCACAGUAACAUUAAGACUAGCCAAGCAUUUUCAGGCCUCGGUGUAACCAUUGAAUGCAAGCUAGAAAGCGGGGAGUUCAAAACAAGGGCAGUUGGAGAGCUUGAUGAAGAAGGGGAGUUCAAACUUCCUCUUCCUAAGGAGAUAGUAAAAGGUGGAAAGUUGAAGGAGGAAUGCUUUGCACAGCUUCACAGUGCCUCGGCAAAACCUUGCCCAAUCAGAAAUGGCCCAGAGGCUUCCAAGAUAAUUUUGAAGACCACAAACAAUGGCAAACAGGUGUUUGCCCCGGCUGGGAAACUAAAAUUCUCGCCAGUGACAUGCACUUCAGCCUUCUUAUGGCCUUUCUACAAGUACCCGCCUCUUCCCACACUUCCACAUUGGCCCAAGCCUCUGCCCAAGUUCUACCUUCCACCUUUCUCUCCAGUCCCUACUCCAAUUACAUACCCUGCACCAGAAGCUGAUCCUCCAGUCUCUCAUCCCCCACCCCCACCAGUCUAUAAACAACAAAUUCCACCAAGUGUGCCACCAUACACAGCCCCAUCUCCACCUCAAGUCUAUGAUCAACCAAGUCCACAACCAGUAUACUACGAGCCACAUCCACCACCAGUGCCCAUAUACCAUAAGCCCCUUCCUCCACCAGUACGAGUGUAUGGACAACCAUUUCCAUCGCCAGUGCCAGUAUACAAGAAGCCACUUCCACCGCCAGUGCCCAUAUACAAGAAGCCGCCUCUUCCAUCACUUCCACCACCUGUGCCAGUUCAUAAGAAGUCACUUCCUCCACCAGUUCCAGUAUAUGAAACGCCUUAUCCACCUCCUUUUCCUGAGCAACCGCUUCCACCACCAGUACCAAUAUACAAGAAACCACCACUUCCACCACCAGUUCCAGUUUCUCAGGAGCCACUCCCACCACCUAGUCCAGUGUAUAAUGAACCACUUCCUCCUUCUCCAGUUCCAGUUCUCAAGAAGCCUAUUCCACCUAUUGUUGAGAAACCACUGCCACCACCUGUGCCAAUAUUCAAGAAGCCAGCACUUCCACCCCCGGUUCCUGUCUACAAGAAGCCGCCACUUCCCCCACCUCCACCACCUGUUCCAGUCUAUGGGGAACCAUUGCCUCCUCCAGUUCCAGCCUUCAAGAAGCCAUAUCCACCGCCUCUUCCGAUAGUAGAGAAGCCACUUCCACCUCCAAUUCCAAUUCACAAACCAAUUCCUCCAAUCUCCAAGCCUGCCCCAACUCCAGAGGUCCUUCCUGCUCCACCUCCAAUUUACAGUCCAAAACCUCCAAUCCUCAACCCUACUCCAAAGCCAAAAGUCCUACCACCACCACAGCCAGUACCCAUAACCAAAAAGCCACUUCCACCACCUGUUCCCAUUCAAAAACCAGUACCAGCAGCCCAAAAUCCUCCUCCAGUUUACAAGAAGCCACUUCCACCCAUUCCCAAAGCCCCCGCUCUUCCUAAGCUUCCUCCUCUGCCCAAAACUCCUCCGAAGUACUUCUACCACCCAAAGUAUGGACUGGGUAACGCCAAACCACCUAGUUCAUCUCAUCCGUAGGUCACCAUAGUGUCCUUCCCAGGUGUAAUUAGGAAUAAACAAUGGUUCUGCAAUAAAUUAAGCAUCCAUCGCAGAUAAAAAAACAGUCAAAAGAACAAGAAAAAUGGAUGUGGGUGUGUGUCGAUUCUUUUUUUUUUUUUUUUUUUUACUUGAUUGUGCCUUUACAUUAGACAGUGACUAAAUCUUCAAGGCCUGUAACCCAUCUGUGAUGGGUAAUUAUGGAGGCUGAUGAAGCAACCAUUGGUUUCA